AUGUGGAGAAAACCCUCUAAUAGAAGCCAAGUUGAUGACUUUGACCACACGAUGACUAGUAAUGCCACCGCCGACGUAUACGAUGAGCUGGGGGCUUAUGACAGACACGAAGAUAAUCCCUAUUGGAGUUAUGUGGAGCGAGUAAAACGGUACGUAGAUCAGGCAUCUGAGACCGACUCACGCGAUUCCCCCUCAGAACCCCACAGCAAGGGAUACGAUGAGGCUCAGGAUAAUAUCGGACACCCCAUUGGGUCGUCCUCAGGGGAGAGGGGCUACAAAGAUGAGAACGAAAGUGAAGCUCCUUAUCGUCGCAGUCUCAUGUCGCCAAAUCUGAAGCGUGCGUGUUCUUCACCCAGGGCCUGGCGAUCUAACGAGGCAUCGGAAGAUGCUGUGGCCGAGGUCGAUAUCGAGGAGGGGGGUCACUACGCUGACGGAGGCAUAACACACGGCCGUACUUCAUUUUCUGAAGGCCAUCUUCACACAAAUGAGAUCAUUCCUGGCGAUAGGACGACAAGUUUUUUAUUGCCGGAGGACAUCAAUUUUCAGACGGGAGCCCUUCAUACCGUUGCUGCAAGACUUGGAAAGACGUCGCUGAUGAAUGACUUUGAUGCGGAGCUUUUGGAAAUCAUCAAGGCGUAUUAUGAGUGCAGGCAACUCGGCUUUCCAGGGGUUGCUCAUGCGGGAUAUCAACAUCAAGGGUCGGAUUUUAGUGGGGAAUAUUCGCCAAUCAACGUGCCGGUGGGGGGUGCCUCGCGAGGUAACUCAAAGCCAUUAUGUUCGCCAACACACUCGCUAGCACUCAACGAGUUCUCUAAUGUCAGGCCGCAGGAACUGUCGCCGUUCACGCGGUCGGCACCAUCGCAUGCCUCCACGCAAUUCCCGCAACCCCGAUCACUGCCUACACUUUUUUUGACCACGCAGUCUGGUCUGCGACCGAGAAACGACACCAACCUUGCGUCUGGUGGUGGUGAUGGGAAUCUUUUCUAUCCUCCGCCUUCCGUUCCCAAUAGAGAGUCGGGACCCCUCAUUUCGACCGCGGCAAGCUCUAUAGAUACCGUCCCGGGCUACCGCCGCGGUCCUGGGCGUUUUUCCAGCGGCGACUCCGCGGAGAGGAACUUUUCGACGAGGUUUCCGUCGUCCAGUCCUACUUCAUUUGUGCGUGCUUAUGUUCUGGACGUGAAUAUCAAUCUCGAGCCUGCCAUCGCGGUGACGGGGAUAGCUAGCCUGCUAAAUAUUAUCGUGGUUUGCUUCCUCCAGAAUCAUGUUCUGGAUACACGGGACCACCUCUGUUUGUUUCUUGUUGGCAGCUACCUGACUUUUUCCUCAUAUUACAUGAUUUACUACUUUCUUGAGCGCGACUCGAGUUCCUUUCGCCGCAUCGCUUCGAUUGACAAGAAGUUCUACAUUAUCGGAAAUCUCAUUAAGGCGGGUAUUCUGAUCAGCAUUACCCCAUUCGCGAUGUUCCAUCUCAUUCGCAUUGUGCUGUACGAUGAGUGGGAAAGCCAUAUCCUACGCAAUCUUGGCUGCAUCUUUACCCUUCCAGAUUUUGUCGCCAUGAUCAUCGUCAAGCGCAUGCGGUGGUCCACAUGGAUACACCACUUGUGCGUCGUGGUGUUUAACUACUUUAGCAUUAUGAAUGAUUAUAAAAAAGAGAAUAUUUUCCGUUGCAUUGUGGUGUACGCAGGGUUUUCCUCAUUUGGCUACUGUGUGAAUGUGCUAUUAGCUUCGCGUUUCCUUGGGUUGUCCACGUCGCUUGCUCAUAUUCUUUCCUUUGCUGCGCUGGUGGUCUAUGGCCUGUGCUGUAGCAUCAACUGGAGUUGGCAGGUGUACUAUCUCGUCCGGCUCAUACGAAGAGGAAAGGAUCUUUGGAGUGUUUACCUCUAUCUGGUGCUUAUCUGCUUUGUCGUAUGGGAUGAUAUUGUCCUAAACAAGUGGUUGUUGAAUCAUGCAAAAAAUAUGGCGUACGCAGCGUCAAAGAAGCAACGUCCAUAA